AUGGACUACGCAAUCUCCAAUCUAUCUCAAAGAGUGGCCCACCUUGAAUACCUUCUUAGCAAUGCAAAGGUGGAGGCAUUAGUAUCACAAUUGGCCAACUUGAAAUCCCAGUUUCAGCAUUUACUAAAGAAUCAUCCUGAACUCAAAACAUUGAUUUCACUUGCAAAUAAAUACCACAUUGAUCGACAGACAGAUGGAGAAAAUACGUUAUCUGAUCUGAUAAAAGAGGAGGAUCUUCUCAUACAUUAUGACGACAUCAUGGAUAAUCACCGUGAUAUGGUGGAAAUCGUCAACAUGGAGCCCAAUUCAAUCAUCAAUGAUAUCAACUCACGUAUAAAUGAGACGCGUGUUGCUAAGCUAUCACAGAUGAACGCUCAGCAUAAUCAACAGAUCAGGGAAAUUUAUAAAUAUUACAUAAUGUUGGUCCUCAAGAGCAUGAUUGUGUGUGAAAAGUACGUACAAUAUGUUGUGGAGAUGAAUGACUUUUGGCUACGAAUUGACCAACGGUUCACCAAAAUAUCGCAACAAAUGGAUAAAAUGGAGAGGGAAAAACAAGCACUACAUAGAUAUUGA